AUGAUUCCUACGGAUGAUCUAACGGGUACUGCAUCCGAGAGUCUACUUGCCGGCCAAAGUGCUGAUGCUCAAUACCAUCGUCUAGACCAGCAUGAAACCGCUGUAUUUCGUCGCCAGCGUAACAAGUCACGCAAAAUCUGGUGUGCUAUUGUCGCAUUGAUCACGGGCAUUCUUGGGUUCAUUGCUAUACUGGCAAUCUUGCGCGCCGUGGAGGACGCUAGUCACUUGGCACCUACUAAGAGACCUGUAUUUCCAAUCCAGUAUGAAGCUAGUGUCACUUUUAAUAUGCCAUAUAUGAACAUGGUCGAGCCCCUGUACGUUCACGUAGACGAGGUCAAAGGUCUACAGAAGUUGAGCUAUUAUGGCGGUACAGAUGUGUACAUUUACAAUACUAAUGGAACAAGCUACCAGAUCAUUCCUGUCAUUCACGAACGCAAAUGCUUCAAGACUGGAUCGGACUCGCUACAGCACAUCUUCCCAAACAUGAGUCUCUUUGAGCCUCAACACGGUGUGUUUCUUGUGGAAGGGCGUCCAUGCUUUAGCUGGAAGUUUGAAACGGAUCUUCAUGAGCCGACGGCUGAUGGUUUGCUGGGCGAAUACACGCUUUAUGUGGACCAAAAGACCGAGAGACCUGUGCGAUUCCAUUUUAUGGGACGCAACGGUAUGCUAGGUGGGAGUCAUAUUGACGAGUAUUUCUUGGACUACGUCUAUGUUCGCGAAGGUCCGGUAGAUGAGGACGUAUUCUUGUCGCUACCAGCUUUGAUGAACUGCACAGAGAUGCGGGGUGAUGAUAAAGGUCCGUCGCGCAGCCCCAAGCAAGACAUUCACAUGCUAAUGCCGGAUGGCAUUGCAACAAAGAAAGAGGUCUUCAAUAAUUUUUCAGCAAAACACAAAAAGAUGUACGAAGACGAAGCAGAGACUGUGGAGCGCAUGGUGACGUUUCAUCACAAUCUCCGCUUUAUCAAUGCAGAGAACCGCAAGGGGCUUUUGUAUCAUCUGCAAGUAAAUCAGUUUGCUGACUUGACACUUGAAGAGCGGCUGAAACUACACCAUCCGUUGCGCCUUAAGCGUGCGGUAGACAACGGUGCAAUGAAGAUACACGAACUCUCGAGCUUUGAAGAACCGGGAGACAUGGAUUGGCGGGAGAAGGGAGCUGUCACACCAGUCAAGGAUCAAGGCGCUUGUGGGUCUUGCUGGACGUUUGGUACGACUGGAGCAUUGGAAGGAGCGCUGUUCGCUCAGCAUAAGAAGCUGUUCAAUAUGUCUCAGCAGAACCUUCUGGAUUGCUCGUGGAACUAUGGCAACAACGCGUGCGACGGAGGUUUUGACUACCAGGCGUACGAAUGGAUCAUGGCCAAUGGUGGACUCGAAACCACUGCGACAUAUGGGUCAUAUCGCAACGCACCUGACUAUUGCCACUUCAACAUCAGCAAUGCCAUUGGGCGAAUGAAGGGCUUUGUCAACGUUACUAGUGUGGAAGGUCUGAACGAUGCGUUGGCUACUAUCGGUCCGCUGUCGGUGUCGAUUGACGCAGCACUUCCGUCUUUCUACUUUUACGGCGGCGGCUUCUACGAUGACAUUGCGUGCAAGAGUGGUUUGGACAACCUCGAUCAUUCAGUGCUAGCGGUGGGAUUGACCACGCACAACGGCCAGAAGUACACAUUGAUCAAGAAUUCAUGGAGCACGCACUGGGGCGAGGACGGCUACAUCAAGAUUGCACAGAAGGACAACAUCUGCGGUGUCGCGACAGCCGCGACCUAUCCUGUGCUUGCCGAUUAA